UCAAAGGUCAGGGUUUAUACACUUGAUGGAUCUGCGAAGGCUGGUAAAGGGUAUCAAGCAAUGACACAGGUAAGGACAAAAAUACUUUCCGUACGCAGGAGCCGAUAACCUGAAGCGAGCAACUUCCAGGUACUCUUGUCACGGCGUUUUCAAGGCCAGUUUAUUUUUGGAACGGUUUUGGCGCGCAUUUAGAAUAUCUUUAAAGUCCCACAAACCAGUCGGCAACACCUAAAAAUGAUAAUUUUUGCCUUUAAUGACAUUACAGUUUCCUUUUUGAUAUCUUAUACUUCGAAUGCGUUCAUAGACGUGGCGGAGAUUCCAUUUUCGCGGGAAAAAGUGACCUAAAAUAUCUCUAAAAGUAAACUGGUCCGUAAAAACGCCGUGACAUAAGCCUAGUAUGGGAUUUGCUCGCCCCUGGUUAUGGGUUCCUGCCGUACGUCAACCAUCUCUUAAACGGAUAUCUCUGUAGCACGGACACUUACUGCCGGUCACAACGGCUUUGACGUACCCGAAUUUGCUGAUGCACAGCGUUUUGGGACAACAUAAAAAAACCACAGAAGCCAAACAUUGACCACCUGGUUUAAGCUUACUUCGUAAACUGACCUCACCUGCGGAUGGUAGCGAUACCAUUACAAAAAAUAUAUUGUUUUCUCGCUCCAAAUGAGAAAGAGAAAAACCAGUUUAACUCUGCUACAGUCGAAAAUUCAUGUGUGAUCAGCUCAAGUAAGUGACCUUCAAAUUUUAGCGGUUUGGGCUGUCGCUUACGGCAGGUUUUUAAAUUUCCAAUUUCUUUUUAUAUUUCCCAGAUUUUAGAGUUUUCCAAAGGUAACUCCAGUCACGUGAUUGUAGUUAAAAUCCUGUUCGAUGCUCAAAGAAAGAUUCGUCGCGCGUUUACAGUCCAUAUGAGCCCGGAUUUUACUGGCCACAGUGAGCUGGGAAAGAAGAAAGUUAUUGUGUACAUCGAGCAGCCAUCACGUAAUCCCGCCGUCACUUUCCCACUCCCGCCAAGGGUCGUAUCAUUGCGUGACUAUGAUGAUGUCAGUGGGGCAGAAUCUGAAAUGAUUAAGGGCUAUCCGCUGAUAUGUGUCACAGUAAGUAACCAUAGUGACCACUUAUACUUUUGUUGAGCCUAUCGAGAUAAGCGACUCUCUUAGGACAGCAUUUUUGUGUGGCGCUUAAUCCGAGGCGGCGCUUAAUCGAAAAAAUGCAGUAUCCACUUUUCUGUUAAACACGCAACAAGGUGUUUUAUCACAUAUCAAACAUCAACAAAGGGAGUUGAAAGCAUGCUACUUGGACGUUUCGGACUUUGUGGUGACUUACGAAACACUGUAUCAAGUGUUUGAUAUCAAAUCUUGAGGAUUUUGAAGAACAAACUAAGAAUAAAAACGAGGAGGUUUUUAAUCACAUGCUUAAAUACGUUACGGACUAUUAUAUGGUCAUGGCAUUUAUAAGAAUAAUACUUUUGAGAUGUUCUUGAUCCACCCUCCGUAGUUACGGAAUGUUCGUAAGUGUUGCUUGCUGUACCGCGUGUUUCCCUAAAAAUAAUUACUCAGCGUAGAUUAAUAACCACAAUAUUUUAUUUCCUCACACAGGCCUGUGAUCCUAAGUACCCCAGAUACGCCGAGACUGGCUCAAUUUGUUCUUCACAACGAAUUAAUAACAAGCUGACACAGUUCCGUUGGCAAAUCGGCGAGGAACUAAGAGACUUAACAAGUGACACGUUUUUCGCUAAAACUGAUCAAGUUACUUUAGAUAGCAUUUACUUGGUACCAGGCAGUCGGGUGCGAUGUGUCGCGCGUGCCGUCAAUGAGCGCGGUGAGCUAGGCCUAGAAUCGAGAAGUGCUCAAGUGAACAUCAGUAAGCAGAGGGGUCUAUGCACACCGAGGGACUCUGAUCAGGUGGGAUCGCAGCAGAUUGAAGCAUCCAUUUCCUUUACAGGAGCAACGGGAAAUAAGUACUCCAACAAAGUCCAUAUUAAAGUUAUUCUCCCUCAUACGGACGGACUGAUACCACUAAUAUCGACAACACGACUUGCAAAUUUCAAGCGAAUACUUCGUCCAGGCGUGCUAAGGAUAGCGAAACACAAAUGCUCCAAUCUUUUAGACUUGAACGAAAUCACCACAAGUCUUGGGUUUGUAGCAGAUUCUUUUAAAGACCAGAAAGGUAUGAAUGAGGGUGAACCAUAUCAGUUUAGCGAGGAGCUUAGGAACAACAGCACUUUACGCUUCUACAGAAAUCUCGACCUCGAGUCUUGCUUGUGGACCUUUAACAGCUACUACGACAUUUCAGAGCUCACUCAGUUUUGUGGCGCUACAGUGACAUCAGACGAACAGUCGAGUGAUAUUGCCCAAUCACAGCUCACCGUGCGCGUACCUUUGUAUGUUUCGUUCGUGCAUCGCGUACCGAGGACGAGGGGAGACUGGGUUCACUACGAUCAUGCCAUGUUUUUGCGGCUGCACCUCACGUACGACACCGCUGUACUGUUGAAUAAUGGCGUGCAGACUCCUGAGGGAGACUUGUUCUAUGGAGAACUAUGGCCUACUGCUAUUUCUGUACGCGCAGAUGAUAAGCGACUGGUGGUCAAUUUUAAAACCAAAACCAAGUUCCGAGGAAUUUACUUGAUCAAAAAUCCAAGUAUGUAUUUCUGGCUUGCCAUUACUUAAUUUAGUGUAAAGCCCUGAAAGAAGGGACACCAUAAAACGUUGGAUAUUUCUCGCUAUUUCGAUGUUAAAGAUAUCAUAAAACGCGUUUGAAAGUAACGACUCAGUAUCUAGGUGCGCUUGCCUCAUGCAUGCAUAAAAGCGAAACUGAUAUUCUUUGCGACACCUGAGAAAAUUCUCUUUUCUUGACCCAUCAAAUCUGAAAACAACAUCUCUCCUUUUAAAAGGUUUCUUUGUAUUCGUGUUUUUAGGCACUGAAGUGACUGCGCAGGUCAUAUCACGUGAGCGGCCACACCUCAGUUUUAGAUUAAACCUGUUGUCAAGUGAACAAACCUACAACUACCCACAGCAGAGCUGGCAGUUUCAAUCCCAGUAUGCACUGCGAGAUUAUACUGGAGUAUAUUUCAUCAAACUGAUUCCUUGCACAGCGGACGAGGUUGGUGUAAAAUGAGUGUUCUCAUGAGUUUAAUUUUUAUUAGUGACUCUUCCUAUAUUUCAUCAUAUUACGUUUUGGUUGCCAAGGGUUCAGUUGAAUUCUUGCACGUACCUUAUGUUGUAUUUCAUUGAACUAGAGCUCCAGAAAUACAAUAGACUUUUUUUUCUGUGCUUACUUUGUGAAUAGGCCAGGUUAGAUUUCUCUAAUCUGUUUAACUAAAUGGUCUUGAGGCUAAAGGCUUAAAACAAGNAGCUACUACGACAUUUCAGAGCUCACUCAGUUUUGUGGCGCUACAGUGACAUCAGACGAACAGUCGAGUGAUAUUGCCCAAUCACAGCUCACCGUGCGCGUACCUUUGUAUGUUUCGUUCGUGCAUCGCGUACCGAGGACGAGGGGAGACUGGGUUCACUACGAUCAUGCCAUGUUUUUGCGGCUGCACCUCACGUACGACACCGCUGUACUGUUGAAUAAUGGCGUGCAGACUCCUGAGGGAGACUUGUUCUAUGGAGAACUAUGGCCUACUGCUAUUUCUGUACGCGCAGAUGAUAAGCGACUGGUGGUCAAUUUUAAAACCAAAACCAAGUUCCGAGGAAUUUACUUGAUCAAAAAUCCAAGUAUGUAUUUCUGGCUUGCCAUUACUUAAUUUAGUGUAAAGCCCUGAAAGAAGGGACACCAUAAAACGUUGGAUAUUUCUCGCUAUUUCGAUGUUAAAGAUAUCAUAAAACGCGUUUGAAAGUAACGACUCAGUAUCUAGGUGCGCUUGCCUCAUGCAUGCAUAAAAGCGAAACUGAUAUUCUUUGCGACACCUGAGAAAAUUCUCUUUUCUUGACCCAUCAAAUCUGAAAACAACAUCUCUCCUUUUAAAAGGUUUCUUUGUAUUCGUGUUUUUAGGCACUGAAGUGACUGCGCAGGUCAUAUCACGUGAGCGGCCACACCUCAGUUUUAGAUUAAACCUGUUGUCAAGUGAACAAACCUACAACUACCCACAGCAGAGCUGGCAGUUUCAAUCCCAGUAUGCACUGCGAGAUUAUACUGGAGUAUAUUUCAUCAAACUGAUUCCUUGCACAGCGGACGAGGUUGGUGUAAAAUGAGUGUUCUCAUGAGUUUAAUUUUUAUUAGUGACUCUUCCUAUAUUUCAUCAUAUUACGUUUUGGUUGCCAAGGGUUCAGUUGAAUUCUUGCACGUACCUUAUGUUGUAUUUCAUUGAACUAGAGCUCCAGAAAUACAAUAGACUUUUUUUUCUGUGCUUACUUUGUGAAUAGGCCAGGUUAGAUUUCUCUAAUCUGUUUAACUAAAUGGUCUUGAGGCUAAAGGCUUAAAACAAGCUAUAGAUCAGCCAAAAUUUGGCGGCGAGAUUACUGAAUAUUACCAUCGACCAUCUGAAAUCCACGUGGGCGUCGUAUUUAAUGUCAGGAAUGGAUACCGCUUACGAAAGAUUCUUCAUACAGUUUUUUUUACUGGCCAUUGUGUCAAACGAUAUUCUAGAUGGCGAAACUAAACGAAGAACUGAGCUAAGUUUCUGCAGAGCAUUGAAGUCGGUGAUAUUUAGCAUUUUUAUUGACUUUUUACCUCCACUUAGGGAGCACUCUACUCAGAGCCACUCACGUGUCAUCCACAUGAUCCGGUGACUUUCACUUUGCCAAUCAGAUUCCAGCAAGUCCCCGAUCCAGUUCCCGCGAAAUUCACUCUGUCCGCCAAGUUCUUUCUGAUGUCGCAAAAAGAUCAGUGGCUGGACCGUGUUAAAAUGGGCGAUUUUAAAGUAGAUGCUGCAUUUUCUAAAGGUAAGGUAUUCGAGAUGACCUGCGGUUUUCUAAUACAACUGGUAUUCUGCCCAAAAAAAAAAAAACUAUCUGGUUUGUUGGUGUUGAAGUAGAGCAAGAGACGAGUACACCCCCUCCUAAAGAAAUCCUGGAUCCUCCCCUGAACGGGCAACAAAAACCUGCAACUUGUCUUACAACAUUGCUGCAAAACGAGUCGAAUAGAUACGUCUCUCGUUUAACCAACCACAACAAACCUGACUUGCAACAAAUCUGGGCUGAGUUGCUCAAAGUAUGGUUAGCUUUAACCAUUGGUUAAGCAGUAUCAAAACCAAUACUUUGUCAAGGUAUUAAACGCUGGUUAACGCCAACCAUGCUCCGAGCAACUGGGCCCUGGGUUGUUAACAGGUUUCAACAAGGGUUGUAAAACGCAGCAAUGUGGCAAAACGAGUUGCACGUUUAUGUUGCCUGAUUUAACGAAUCUUAAGACUAUCAUAUCGAAAAAAUAUGUAAAUGUUAGGUUGGCGUGUCGCCUCUAUUCUUUUGCCUCUUUAAAUUUGUUUUUCAAAAUUUUCCCUCCUCAUAUCAUUUCUGUUGAUUCAAGUUAAGUUUCAUUUAGUGAACUGUUUUAAAAUGCUACACGAUCAAACCUGGUUUUCUUUCUUUCGUCAAGAGAUGCAGUAUAUGUAGCAUUUGAUGUAAGGAAGAAGGCUUGGCCGAGUUGGGUACAGACUAGGCUCUUCAUUCCUUGUUAUGUUGUGCUAUUCUUACUACUGUAUUCACAUUUACAGGCUCAAAAAUCUACGGGCGCAUCAGUUUAAAUGAGGCAAGUGGACUAGGGAGGAGAGGGAAGGGAUAUGCCUUGGCAACAGAGAAGGUUUAUUUGUGCACUGGUGUCGGGGAGUACAUACCCUCUUACGAUCCAUUGAAGAACAAGUUUGGCUGCAUGGCGAAGUCGCUGUAUUUGGAACAUCAACUCAAAGUC